CAUAUAACGGUCCAGGGAGCUGUGAGAGGGAUGUAAACAGACAUCACUCUGCAUCGAUCAGUCUGUUCUCCAACAACUUCUGCUCACCUUAAGUGUUUGCUCCCGGUCAGUUUUAAAUCAAAUUCUCGGACUUUUCUUUUUAAUUGUUUGAACUUUCCCGCUCUGCAUAUCUGGACACGAUGGCCAGCACGGGACUGCAGCUGCUCGGUUUCCUCCUCUCUCUGGUCGGUCUCGCUGCCACAGUCGCCGCUACUUUAAUGGUUGAAUGGAAAAAGCAGUAUCAGGGAAAGACGCACCGCAUCCACGAGGGCUUGUGGAUGAGCUGCAGCGGCUACGAGAGAACAACUUGUGAACUAUACCAGUCCCUCCUCAAGCUUCCAACCGAGAUCCAGGCGACCAGGGCUGUGAUGCUGCUCAGCAUAUUGCUCUCUGUUGUGGCCGUGCUGGUCUCCACAGUGGGGAUGAAGUGCACACACUUCCUGGACGGAAGGCCUGAAAGCAAAUCCAUCACAACCAUGAUCGGAGGAAUCCUGUUCAUUCUUGCAGGUUUGUUGACCCUGGUCAUAACCUCCUGGUAUGUCAGCACGAUUGUUCAUACCUUCCAAGUAUCCCAUCACCUGGAAAGCUUCGAGUUUGGUAAGGCGGUUUUUGUCAGCUGGGCUGGAGGCCUCCUUACGAUGGCUGGCGGUGCUUUCCUGAGCUGUCGGAGGUGCUCCCGGACCGAGUCGCCUGAGUCCAUCAGUGUAAACCACCUCCUCCCAUCAGGCAGUAACCCCAAAUCCAACUAUGUCUAGAGGAGAGAACAGCAGAAGGCCAUGGAGAGGCCUCAGACCAGCAGUGAUUUUACAAACUUGAGCAGGAUGGCAGGCUGUGAUGAUGAACUGUAACCCGGUCCAGGAUUAUUGAAUACUACCUUCUGUACCACGAGUCAGGAACCAGCAUCAGGAUUGCUCACAAAACCAGACUGUGUGUACAGACUCUGAAUCCCAGUUUUUUUUUUUUUUUUGCUUUUUUAAUUUCUUUUUGUUUAUCAGUCCAUGUAAAUCCAUUCAGACAAAAAAGGUAAAGGAUUAAACUUUUAAUUUACUUCACAGUCAAUUUUCAAGUGAGUUCAUUGUGUCAGGUCUGUCAGUGCAUUUAAACAAUGACUUUGUAACAGUAAGAAAUCAUCAAUAAUGAAUUCAGUAUGUUUGUUUCAUUGAAGUGCAGACAGAGAGUUUUGAAGCUCGACUUCAACAUUUUUGUAUUGUGUUUUCCCUUAAAUACAUCCCAUUUACCUCUCUAAGUUCACACUACUGGUGAUGGAUCCUUUCAUGUCAAUAUAUUACUACAUUUCAGUGUUUUCUCAAAGUAUUUUCAUGUAAUUUGGUUAUUUUUUUGUUAUGUGUCAUACUGACAAUACUGUGUCAGAGUACAAAAUAACCAUAUGUAGCCUAUAUUUUGAAAAGAAUAAACAAACUUUUUUUUUUU